GCUUCCCCUUCCACAUUAAACAUCUCAUCACUUUCCCGCAGACACCCAUAGCAGAAACGCACUUACAACUAUGGACACAUUCAAGUCCUUCAAGGGCUACGGCAAGGUCGACGAGGCCAACGAGCAGGCCUUCCGGAAGAAGACCCGUCGGCGCCUCAUCAUCGCCGGAGUGUCAUUCGUUGUCCUCCUGCUGAUCAUUGCUGGGGCUAUCGCAGGCACGAUCAUCAGCAAGCGCAGCUCCGGUUCCAAGAGCUCGGCCUCAGCGCCGCCUGCCACGGAGGUGACCCCGGCGACCUCGCUCAAGGCCGUAUGCAGCGUGACUGAGUACCCCGACUCGUGCUUCUCUAGCAUCUCGUCCUACGAGACCGCCAACACGACCGACCCCAAGCAGCUCUUCAAGCUCUCCCUCCAGGUUGCGGUCCGGGAGGUCGAGAAUUUCGCUAAUUACGUGAGCACAGCAGCGGCCAAGAUCAACAGUGACAACCAGACCAAGGCAGCAGUGGAGGUGUGUGGGGCCGUGAUCGACGACGCCGCGAGCCAGCUCAAUGACUCGGUGUCCCUGAUGGAUGCGAAAUCAGGCGAGAGCCUGUCCACCGCUAAGAUCAGCGACAUGAGGACUUGGCUCAGCUCGACCAUUACCAAUCUCGACACUUGCUUGGACUCGCUCGAGGAAAUGAACUCGACAUUGCUCGGUGAGUUCAAGGCUCGGGUUGAGAACUCGACCGAGUUCACGAGCAACAGCCUGGCCAUUGUCACCAAGAUCCUGAACGUGCUUUCCAACCUGAACAUCCCGAUUCACCGGAAGCUCCUUGGGUCUGGGGACUUCCCUGCCUGGGUCCGGCCGGCGGACAGGCGGCUCCUCCAGGACGACGCAGCCUUCACACCGAACGUGACGGUGGCAAAGGAUGGGUCCGGGGACUGCCUCACUAUCAAGGAAGCGGUCGACAAGGUCCCUAAGAAGAGCACUUCAAGGUUCAUUAUACACGUGAAGGCAGGGAAAUAUGUGGAGAACGUGGUCAUGGACAAGAACAAAUGGAACGUGAUGAUGUAUGGUGACGGGAAGGACAAGAGCAUUGUGUCGGGGAGCUUGAACUUCGUCGACGGGACCCCGACAUUCUCAACAGCGACAUUCGCUGUGGCGGGUAAAGGCUUCAUUGUAAGGGAUAUGGGGUUCAUUAACACGGCAGGUGCGGAGAAGCACCAGGCGGUGGCAUUCCGUUCGGGAUCCGACAUGUCGGUGAUGUACCGGUGCUCAUUUGAUGCGUUCCAGGACACACUUUACGCCCAUUCAAAUCGACAGUUCUACCGGGACUGCGACGUCACCGGCACAAUCGACUUUGUGUUCGGAAACUCUGCUUCGGUGUUCCAGAACUGCAAGAUCAUGCCUCGCCAGCCCAUGGCCAACCAGUUCAACACCAUCACAGCCCAGGGCAAGAAGGACCCAAACCAGAACACCGGCAUCUCGAUCCAGAAAUGCACGAUCUCCGUCAACGGCAAUGUGACGGCCCCAACCUAUCUUGGCAGGCCUUGGAAGGUCUACUCCACCACUGUGAUCAUGCAGUCCACCAUUGGGACGUUCCUACACCCUAGGGGGUGGAUGGAGUGGGUCCGUGGGGUGGACCCGCCGGGGACGAUCAACUAUGGGGAGUACCUAAACACCGGACCUGGGGCAAGCACAGCCCAGCGGGUUACAUGGGCUGGGUAUAAGCCUGCCCUUACAGCGAGCGAGGCUGCAAAAUUUACGGUCGAGCAAUUUAUUGAGGGAAGCAACUGGCUGCCGCAAGCUAGCGUGACCUUCGACUCGACUUUAUGAUUUGUGCAUUGACAUUGAGAUUAAUUAGUUAGAAUGUAUUUGCAAUUCGUUAAAUAGGACGAAAAAGAAGAAGUAAAAAGAGAGUCUGUACUAAUUAUUUUGCUAAAAAUGUAUUCCCUUAUCGCUUGGACGAUAGAGUACUCAACCGAUGAAGUUUUUCAGCGUUGUAUAGAUUUACAUUGCAUUA